AUGGCGGAGGCCGGCUACGUGCGUCUGCCACCAGCCGAAAAAGGUCAACUACUCGUCCGGCUUCAGAGCCUUUUUCAAAGGGUAGCACGAGCGUCCGAGCCGCCGCGCUCCUUCGCUGGCAGUAUGCCGGUGACGCUGUCAAGACGCCAUUUCUCAAUGGUACGUGACUGCGACUACCUGCUCCUGGAGAAAUCGGACGGCGUUCGCUAUCUACUCUUUGCUACAGAGCUGGGCGUUCUGCUGGUGGAUCGACGUCUCGACCUAUUUGCUGUGACGCCAUAUCCGGUGCUUAUGAUGCCUGACGGCUCUCUGCACCAAGACACACUUCUUGAUGGUGAGUUGGUCUACAACGAGUGCAUCGAGCGCUUCGAGUACCUCGCCUACGACGUGAUCGCUAUCCAGGGCGACACCGGCAUCGCCUACCAGUCCUACCGCGUCCGCCUGGAUGCUAUCGAGCGGUACGUGACGGGGCCGCGUGCCCUGCACCCCGCUACUGCGGGCUGUUUGCGAGUGCGACGCAAAGACGUCUAUGAGAAGGCUGAGCUUCCGCUGCUCUUUUCGCGCAUUUACCAGGGUCGUUCCGGGAAAGCCGAUGACCCUCAAGGCGGCGCUCCGACGUACACGUAUCGGCACUUGCGGAGCGAUGGCGUCUUUCAGAGUGGCAACGACGGCAUCAUCUUUACCCCAGUUGGCUUGCCGUAUACCCUGCGCACCUGUGCAGCACUUCUCAAGUACAAAUACCCAACGCAUAACACGGUCGACUUCAUUCUUUGGCUACAGGCUGGGAAUGAUCCGGCCAACGACGUCCGCGCGUUUCUCGGCUAUCGCGGCGACAACGGAGUCGUGCGCUAUCGAGAGGUAUAUUUUCCGAGUCGUUUAAAGCGCGAGUGGUUCGCAGACUACGCUCGUUGGCAUGAGGCGGUGAUCGAAUGCACUUAUGAUCGUUUGGCUGGCGAAUGGCGCUUUUUGCGCCCGCGUCUCGACAAAGAGUCACCGAACUACGCCUCCGUAGUCAUUGAUUGUUUGGAGGCGAUUGCGGAAAAUGUGACGCGGGCAGAGCUGCUUGAACGUGUUUGCGGCCUAGAGGAGGCACGGCAGCGGUGCAGGGCACUACUGCAGACCAAGACAGCUACAGGAAAUGCCCUGCAGCCUGGCGACCUUUUCGACGAGAGCGAUUGGGAGUAUCUGCGGACGACUCCGAUCUCGCUGUUGCCACCGCCGCGAGUCAGUGACGCUGUACGCUGA